AUGAGGAAUUCCACGAAAGUUGCAAAGCUUCGUGUAACGGGUAGGAAUAUUCUCCUCUCACAAACUUUUCUCAGUCCCUAUGACGGAAGAUGGAGCAAGACUAUGAUCGGCUAUGGGCCUGAGGAUACUCAUUUCGUCUUAGAGUUGACUUACAAUUAUGGAAUUAGUAGUUAUAGGCAUGGAAACGAUUUCAAGGCUGUGCACAUUAACUCGUCCGACGUUUUCGAACGUGUCAAAAAGAUUUCGAAUGUAUCCAAAGUAAAUGAGAAUUACUGGGUUAAAAAAUUGGGUAUGAAUCAACUGGAAUCCACCGAUUCAUAUACUGUCCUCUCUUAUGGGGAUGGCCAGUGUCAUUUACGCAUUACACGAGAAUCAUCGCCAAUCGAUCGCGGUCAAGCCUUCGGUAGAAUUGCGUUCUCGUGUCCCAGAUCUGAGCUUCCGAAAAUCCAACAAAAAAUAGAGGCCGAUAAUCAGACAAUUCUAACUCGCCUUGUCAGUCUGGACACCCCCGGGAAGGCCACCGUCGAUGUCGUCAUACUUGCUGAUCCGGAUGGACAUGAGAUAUGUUUUGUUGGUGACGAGGCCUUCCGUGAACUUUCUCAAGUGGACCCGAAAGCCGAUGAACUUUUGUCUGAAGCCAUGACUUCUGAUAGUAGUGAUGCCUGGUUCGAGAAACGCGGUGGCAAGCCGAAGCUCUGA